GCUGCGGCUCUGCCGGGCGCUGGCGCUGCUGGGAGCUGUAGUUUGCCGCGGCCUCCCGCCCAGAGCCAUGGCCGCCGCGUGAGAGUUUGGAGCAUGUGAGGAGCUGCCAGGAGGAAUCACUAAUAUUUUCAUUUCUGCUGCUUCAGAUGUUCCUGCCCUGCUCUGUGCCUUUAGAAGUGUGACACUUGCUGGUGCUGCAGGAGAGGCAAUAUCAACACACAGCCAAGAUGGUGGCCUUUAACUGGAAGGCUUUGGAGAAUUUCCCAUUGCUGAUGUACAUUUUGGCAGCUAAAACACUGAUUCUUUGCUUAGCAUUUGCUGGGGUAAAAAUGUACCAGAGCAAAAAAAUUGAAGAAAAGCUGAAGAGGGAACGUGAAGAGAAGUUGAAAGCCGAGGCAGAGAAGAAGGAUGAUUGAAGAGUCUCUCAG